AUGUUGAGAGUGAGCUGGGUGUUAGCGAAGCAACCCGACUGUGACGCUAUGAGCACAGUAUCUAAUCUGGGGAAUAUAGCGUGCACACUCGCCGCAGUGAUUGCUACUGCUUCCGCUGGAGCUGUUAAAGUACUUGACAAAAUCGAUCAUCCCCGCUACGCAUUCAACUAUGCGGUCAGCGAUCCAAUUACAAAAGACAACAAAGCGCAAUGGGAGACCAGAGACGGAGACGUGGUCAAAGGUUCCUACUCAUUGGUGGAGCCUGACGGGACCCUGCGCGUCGUGGACUACGCGGCCACCGACCUCACCGGCUUCAACGCAGUCGUCAAGAAGAUCGGCUCGGCCGCACAUGCCCCAAUAGUAACUAAACCAGUCGCUCCCCUCACGAGCAUCAUCGGACCAGUCAGCUACGGCUUCGGAGGAGCACCUUUACUAGCCAACCUACCGAAGCUGACCUCCUUCGGCAAGUGGAGCCUGCCAUGGGACCCUCUCACGCACUCCUACGGGGGAUGGGUCCCUAUCGCGGGGCCCUUGCUGAAUACGCCAUACGUGACGAUAUACAGCAAGAAAUACGUCGACGGAAAAGUCCAUAAAUGGACUACGGGACCGAUACCGUUGUACGGUAAAACAUUAGUUUUGAAGACGAAACAUUGAAUUUAGACGAAAAAUGCUUGGAUUAAUUUGUGUAUUGCCUUGGAUUAUUUAUAUCUUGGACCAUAAUGGUCAAAGGGUAAUUCAGUAAAUGAAAGUAGCCAUAUAACUUGUAUUACGAUGUCUUCUGUGCGUAAAGACAUUAAAUAGCUUUCAAGCCAGCAUUGAUGCUUAGGCAACUAGU